GUGUCUCUGCUGCCUUCCCCCGAAAUGAUCCUCUCCCUGCAUCGGCGCUGAAUCCUUCGGAGGAAGCUUCCCGCUUCUGCCAGGACCUACCUGGAAAAAAAUCCCUCUCGACAAACAUCAACCUGCAAAGCCCUUCAAGCGAGCAGUUUCAGGAAACAAUGCAGGGGGGGAAACCCACUGAGCAGAGUUCCCCUCAGAGGAACCAGGAAGGACUCUCCACAUGCUCCGAGUGCAGGAAAUCGUUUACCUACCGGUCCCUCCUUUUGAUCCACCGGAAGCUGCACACGGGGAAUGGAUCCCACCUGUGUUUGACAUGUGGGAAAUCCUUUCCUGGAAUGUGGAGCUUUGCCAAACAUCUCCGGAGCCACCCUGGACUGAAGCCUUACAAAUGCGGAGAGUGCAGGGAGCGUUUUGCUAAAGGCUCGGACCUUGGAGCCCAUCAGCGAAUCCACCAGGGAAAGAGACUUCAGGAAUGCCGGAAGUGGUGGAAAAGACCGUGGUUAUCUCAGAAGUCAGAGCUGCUUCAAUAUCUGCAAUUCUACAUAGGAGAGAAACUUUACAAGUGCGGCCAAUGCAAGAAGGCCUUCGCUCAGAAAUCACAGCUUUGGCUCCACGAGGAAGUUCACAAAGAAAUCAAGUCUUAUAAUGCAUGCGGGGAAAAAAUUGCCCAGCGAUCAUCUCUUUGGCGUCACAAGAAAACAAACAGGAGGGAGAAAAAGGAAGAGUGUCCAGAAUGUGGGAAAUGUUUUUCCACCAAAACAUACCUGAUACUACAUCAGACAAUUCAUACUGGCGACAGACCCUAUAAAUGCUCCGAAUGUGGGAGAGGAUUUCUGUAUUUUUCGGCACUUUGCAAACACCAGAAAUGGCACAGAGGAAAGAAAGCCCAUCAAUGUGAAGAGUGUGGGAAAAGCUUUGCCUGCAAGACAUAUCUUAGUGCACACCAGUAUGCCCACACGGGGGGGAAACCAUACAAGUGCACAGAGUGUGGGAAGUGCUUCCUUGUAAAGGGAGGCCUUUGUCAACAUCAGAAGAUUCACUCGCGGGAGAAGCCCUUUCAAUGCAUCGAGUGUGGAAUGUUUUUUCAUAGCAAAGGAGGCCUCAAACGUCACAGGCAAGUUCACAAAGGAAGAAAAGAUUACAAAUGUUUAGACUGUGGGGCAGCAUUUGCUUAUUUGUCGACCCUUAGAAAACACAGCCAGAUAAAGCACAUAGGAGUGAUUUCCCUGAAAUGUUUGGAGUGCGGUAAAUGUUUUUCCAGGAAUGACAGCCUUUUGAGGCAUCAGCGCAUCCACACCAGAGAAAAACCUUAUAAAUGUCUGGAGUGUGGGAAAUCUUUUGCUUACAAAGAAUAUCUAAAAAUCCACGAGAGGUUUCACACAGGGGAGAAACCUCACACCUGCAGGGAAUGUGGGAAGGAGUUUGUUCGUAUUUGUGACCUUCGGACCCAUGAGGAGAUUCACACCGGGAUAAAAUCACAUAAGUGCUCUGAGUGCGGAAAAAGUUUUGGUUGGAGUUCAUCUCUUCGAAGGCAUAAGAAAAUUCACAAAAGGCAGGAAAAUGAAGCCAAAAGGAAAAAAGAAAAACUUUGGGGGAAAAAAUGCAACUAGAAGGCCAAAUAGAACUGGCCAUUGGCAGAAAAUGUCUUUAAGAUUGAGACAAAAAUAGGACCUUUGGGUAUUAUUAUGAUGGAUACAAAUUGUAUGCAUUUUCAAAAUAAUUAUGUUAAGGCUGGAAUGAAACAAUGAUAAUUUAAGAGGGGGAAACUUCCCCAAGGUGUGGCUAUCUCCUCGCAUGCAUUGUAUCUGUAUGUUCUGGAUAUAGUUCCACUCAGUAUUUUCUUUUUGGCCAUAAAUAAAAUCUGGUUUUUUUUGCAA